GGGGAGGGGGAGGGGUUAGGGGGAGGGGGCGGGGCAGAGAAGAAUGAGGUCCUGUGGAGAACCAUGGAUUUCCUGGUUGGAGCCACACCUCAAAGACAGAGAACUGAUCUCAGAGACCAGUUAUUCAGCCGCCGCUCGUUUCUGUUCAACUUUGUCCUCGUCUGGAUUUGAAUCUGUCCAGGACCUCGUCUCCAGUCUCCUCUGUGGUUCUGUCUGAAUGCCCCACGAUUCUCCCAGGCUGCAGUUCCUCCUCGGGCCUGCAGGGCGGCAGCAGAGAGCGUAGAGCCGGCAUGAGCGACUUCUGGCACAAGAUGGGCUGCUGCGUGGUGGCCAAACCCCCACCGAAGAAGAGGAGGAGGAGGAGGAUCGAUCGCAGCAUGAUCGGGGAACCCACUAACUUCAUCCACCUCACACACAUCGGCUCUGGAGAAAUGACCGAGGAUCUGCAGCCGUCGGGCUGCGUUCAGGAGCAGAUGAGAUCGAAAGGACCAAAUCUGAACGGCAGGAACAGCCUCUUAUAGCCGGAGUGAAUGAAAUCAGCUGAUGGACCUCCUCCUCCUGCUGCUCCUCCCCCUGCUCCUCCCCCUGCUCCUCCCCCUGCUCCUCCCCCUGCUCCUCCUCCUGCUCCUCCCCCUGCUCCUCCUCCUGCUCCUCAACACCCGCUGGAGGUUUAGCUCCUUCCUUUUCUGCCGAAGUGUCUUUGAGCAAAGCACUGACGCCCCUCCCACCACCACCAGCAGGCGGCGCUGUCUUUCGCUGAGGACGUCGUGCUUGUCUACAACAAGACUGAGAGAGACGGACACAAAGACUGCCCCCCCACCCCCCCACCCCUCCACACCACCAGCCUCACAUUUGACCGGGGGGGGGGGGUAAAGCCUGUAGUUCCAGUUCCCACCACUAGAGGGGGCACCUGAGGGUUCCAUCAGUAUUAAACCAAACCCACAGGUGACGACUCUGGACUCUAUUUCCCAGCAUCCCCUUCCCUCCAGAUAAUGACAGGAAGUCUGUAUUCAACAUAAACUGACAGUGUUAAAGGACUACAGUUCCCAGAAUGCUCCACUCUCCUCAAGGAAUACUACACCUGGCCUCCAGAUCACAUGACCACGGUGGAGACGUUGCAGGACUCCAUCUCCCAGGAUGCUUCAGUCUGGGGAAACUCCCAUGAUCCCCUGCUACACUGGACUGACCCUGAGGGCCGUCUGAGGCCGGGUCCGGGUCCGGGUCUGGGUCUGGGUCUGAGGCCGGGUCCGGGUCCGGGUCCAGGUCUGGGUCUGGGUCUGGGUCUGGGUCUGGGUCCGGGUCUGGGUCCGGGUCCGGGU